AUGGGUUAUUUCCGGCUCCGGUCGCUAGCCACAGCGAUCGCCGCGUCGUGGAUCGGCGCGGUCACUGUGGUUAGCGCGACGCCAAUGCCCGCGUCGUCUUCUGCAAUCGAGGCGCGCGCGGAUUCUACUUUCUGGUACGCCAAUAUUGACCACACUUCCGACAAAGUUCGCGGUUAUGCACCGGAUCUCGAUAGCGACUAUGAGUAUGCCGUGUACAAGGCCGUCAAGGCCGGCGAUGGGCCGGGCAUUCAGGCGGCGAUCAAUGCUGGCACUGGCACCGCGAAGCGCCAUGGUCAGUGGCUUGCGAGCCAGCCGCGGGUUGUGUACCUGCCGCCUGGUACGUACACUGUUGAUGACACGAUUUACAUGAACACCGACACCAUCAUCAUGGGUGAUGCUACCAACCCCCCCAUCAUCAAAGCGUCGUCGAGCUUCUCCACGACCGGCACGCUCUUCUCCGGCCAGGACCCUGCGACCGGCGAUUCGGGCGAGCUGUCUUUUGCCGUCAGUCUCAAGAACGUCAUCCUUGACACCACGGCUGUCUCUGGUACCGCGAGCUUCACCGCGCUGUGGUGGGGUGUCGCCCAGGCCGCUCACCUCCAAAAUGUCGUGAUCAAGAUGCCGAGUUCGUCCGGGGGCAAGGGACACUCUGGUAUCCGCCUCGGCCGUGGUUCGACGCUGCUUGUGGCCGAUGUGCGCAUUGAGCGUGGUCAGAACGGUAUCUGGUACAACGGCCAUCAGCAGGCCGCGUUCAAGAAUGUCUACUUCUACCAAAACACCAUCGGUAUGCUCAUCGAUGGCGGCGACACCAUCAGCCUGAUCAACCCCACCUUCGACACCUGCGGCACUGGCGUGCGCCACACCGGUGGUGCCCCCUGGAUCGCCCUGAUCGACGCGACCUCCAAGAACUCCGGCGUCACCUUCCAGACCACCGGCUACCCCAGCUACCUGAUCGAGAACCUCAACAAGGACACCAGCAGCAACAUUGCCGAAGGCCCGAACGGCUUCGUGCUCAAGUCCCGCGCCAACGUCGAGCACUUCUCCUACUCCAACGCCUACAACCACGACCCCAUCUACGCCGCCAUCGACACCACCACCACCCGCGGCGACAUCAUCGCCCCCGGUGGCCGCUACCCCGUCGUAUCUGCCCCCAACUACGCCAAUAACCCCGUCACCGACUUCCUCAACAUCAAGGACCCGGCCCAAAACGGCGGCCGCACCGUCCUGGGCGACCACACCAUCGACGAAUCCGACACCCUCAACGCCAUUCUCGCGCUUGCCGCGCAACAAAACAAAAUCGCCUACUUCCCCUUCGGCAAAUACCGCGUCGACAAGACCCUCCUCAUCCCCAAGGGUAGCCGCAUCGUCGGCGAAGCCUGGGCCACCAUCACCGGCUCCGGCUCCUUUUUCCAAGACGAAAAGAACCCCAAACCCGUUGUGCAGGUCGGCAAAGCCGGUGACGUCGGCGUCGCCCAGAUCCAGGACAUGCGCUUCACCGUCAGCGGCGUCAACCCAGGCGCUAUCAUCAUCCAGUUCAACAUCGCCGGGUCCAAGCCCGGGGACGCGGCUCUCUGGAACUCCCUUAUCACCGUCGGCGGUACGCGUGGCGCGAGCGCGCUGACGGAUAACUGCAAGGACCCGGCCAACGAAUGCAAGGCUGCCUUUUUGGGCAUGCACUUCACCGCGUCUUCGUCCGCUUACGUUGAGAACGUCUGGAACUGGGUGGCCGAUCACAUCACGGAGUCCUUCUCCGGCGGCAGCAACAUUGCCGCCGGCCGCGGCGCAUUAGUGGAAUCGACCAAGGGAACCUGGCUGCACGGCCUCGGGUCCGAACACUGGUGGUUGUACCAGCUCAACCUGCGCAACGCGGAGAACGUAGUCGUGGGUAUGCUACAAACCGAAACGAACUACGACCAAGGCGACAACAACAAGAUGACUCCCCCCGCGCCAUGGACAGCCGAUGAAGCCGGAUGGGGCGACCCGACGUUUUCUUGGUGCAACGGGUCGGAUAAGAGGUGCCGCAUGGGACCCGCGAAUUAUAUCAAUGGGGGCAAGAACAUUCACACGUAUGCGUCGGCGAGCUGGGCGUUUUUUAGUGGACCCGGUUAUCAGGGGUGUGCGGGCCAGUUUCAGUGCCAGGAUGCGAUGCAUGUGAUUAAGAAGAAUCCGACGGGGCUGCAGGCGUUUGGGUUGUGCAGUAAGGAUGCGCAUGCGGUGUUGCGGUUGCCGGAUGGGAGUGAGGUCGUGGCGCAGGACGGGUUUACUGGGUCGUGGCCUGGUGGUGGUGGUAGUUUGGGCCGGUAUACUUCGUAA